AUGCACAAUACGGAGAUAUUGCAAGCGGCUCAAGAGGCCGACCCGAAUGGAACGAGAACCAUUGCCGUAGUGACCAAAGUGGAUUUGGUUGACGCUGGUGCAGAGCUUGCAGUGCACGAGCUACUCCUGAACCGAAAGAAGAAAAUGCACUUGGGCUACCACGCCGUGAAGUGCCGAAGCCAACGGGAUCUGUCCAAGCGCAUGAGCAUUGAAAGAGGGUUGGCAGUCGAAAAGGUGUUUUUCGGCGAGCACGAGUAUUGGCGCCGGCUAUCGACGCACUUGUGGGGAGUGCCACGACUAAGUGAACGGUUGAUGUCAAUUCUGCAAGACAAUAUCCGUCGGUCGCUGCCAAAGGUGGUGGAGGAGAUCAGUUCGCGCAUGACGGAGACGCAAAAGUCAUUGGCGAAACUGGGCACGCCGUUGGAAACACCCGUGGUGCAACGUCAGCAGUUUGGCAAGUGGGUUGAUCAGUACUUGCGGUUGAUCGAAGCAGCAAUGAGCGGACGUUACGAAGCACUGCCGUCUACCCCGGCACCAACAGCUUUGGAUCAGUGUUCGACUCCGGCUGAAAUGAAUGUCCGUCUAAGAGCCGUUCUCCGUAUCAAGGAAGCCAAUUUUCAAGUGGCAAUCAACAAGUCGAAAGACUGUGUGUUUGAUGGAGCCGAUGCGAAGAAAGACCACGAACAAGUGGCAGCUGGGGAUGCCGUGCAAAUUGAGAUCGACGGCCAGUAUCGCAGUGGGCGAGUGAAAGGGAUCAAUGGAACGGACAUUUGCUGCGAGGAGUUUGACCAGCAGUGGAAGAGCAAGAACCAUUGGCGCUUCGACGAACGGGCAAUGCUGAAACAGUUUAUCCGUGAAAACCGCGGCGAUGAGCUCCCGAUUUUUACGUCGUACCAAGUCUUUUGCAACUUGUUUCGCAGGAUCGUUGACAAGUGGGGACCACCUGCGGAAACACUGGUGAGUGCGUAUCAGUUGCAGACAAAGCUGGUGUCGGACUUCGUCUCUAAGGAGGUUGGGGCCAAAUCUCGAGUUGUGCAGUUUCUCAGAAGUACUGCGUCCGAUGUGCUGGACCGAGUGGUUGCGAAUGCGAGUAUGGAGAUGAGACUGGUGCUGAUUGGGGAAGGUCGGCCGUAUACGCAGGACAAGCGUUUGUAUGCCGAAUUGGACCAAGAACACUUGAAGGCUCUUCAUGAACAAGUGAGCACAUUCGUUCAAGCAGAUUCAGAUGGAAAAGUGGAUCUCGCUGUGGUCAUGAAGGUUGUGGAAGCAGCGGCAGCGUCUAUGGAAGAUCGAGAAGCGCUUGAUAUGCAAGCGGCAUUGGAAGCGUACUUUAAGGUGGCGGUCGCGCGCUUUGCAGACGAGAUUCCCAUGCGGCUGAACGACUUGAUUUUGAAGAAGUUUGUCGACGAAAUGGCACAGGAGCUCAACGGGCUGACGGAUGCGACACUGGCCAGACUGAUGCAAGACUCCGAGCUCAAAGUGGCGGAACGUCGUCAGCUCAGGGAGGAACUUGCCUGUCUGGCGAAUGCAAAGAAGGAGAUUGAGUUUGUUUGCUAA